AUGCAACAGUACCAGAGCACUGCAAGAUUGGAGUAUCCGUUGUUAAUGCACUGCAGCGAGGCGCUGGAUCAGCAGACGUGCGGCAUGGCGGUUAUUAUCGAGCUGGUGAUCAUGCUCCGACAGGCGUUCGCUUUGCUGAUUGCAUCAUCUGCGCUUUUCACCUCGCCGGCCAACGUAUGCAACUUUAUGGGUAGGUUGAAAAAGACGCUGAUAAUGAACUCCUUCGAAUGGACCGCGGAAAGCCACCAGUCGCAGUACAGUUCGAAGGAACUUCAACAGUCGCGUCCUUUGGUCGUCGAUGAUGACGAGGGUCACUUGGUGUACAAACCGGGCGACAUCAUUGAAGAUAGAUACGAGGUUAUUCAAACGCUUGGAGAAGGGACGUUCGGUAAGGUUGUCGAAGUGGAAGACCGGCGAGCAAACGGCUUCGGCAGGGCUGCGCUGAAGAUAAUUAAGAAUGUAGCCAAGUAUCGUGAGGCUGCAAAACUCGAGAUCAACGUUUUGAACAAGCUUAGCGAUUGCGACCCGGAAAAGAAAUACCUUUGCGUUCAGUUACUGGAUUCGUUUGACUACCAUGGUCACAUGUGCCUCGCCUUUAAUCUGCUUGGAUUAAGCGUGUUCGAUUUCAUGAAAGCGAACAACUACCAUCCAUAUCCGCUGGAGCAAGUGAGGCACAUCGCCUAUCAGCUGUGUUAUUCGGUCAACUUCAUGCAUGAAAAUCAUCUUACGCAUACUGACCUUAAACCAGAGAAUUUGCUGUUCUGCGCGGCCGAAUAUGACGUCAAAAUAGACCCUAAAAAGAAAUCUGAGUACCGUGUUAUUCGCAAUACAGACGUGCGACUCAUCGACUUCGGCUCUGCAACAUUCGAUCACGAACAUCAUAGUACCGUUGUAUCUACCAGGCAUUACAGGGCUCCG